AUGUCUUGCACUUUGAACUCGCCAGAGAUGAAUUGCACUUUGGAGAAAGUCCUGGUUGAUGCCAAAUCGUUGGUGGAAAGACUCCGUAACCACGACAACGCAGCAGAGAUGUUAAUAGAGCAAACGACUUUCCUCAACAAGCGGGUGGAUGCUAUGAAACAAUACCAAUUGGAAAUUGACACACUGAACCAGGUUGCACGUCAUCGGCCUCGAUCUAGUCUGAUCCUUGGCAUCCAACAGGAAAAUCGUCAAAUAAGAGCCCUACAACUGGAAAACAAAGAGCUGCGUACGUCAUUGGAGGAACAUCAGUCGGCGCUGGGGCUCAUCAUGAACAAAUACAAGGAGCAGAUGUUCAGGCUACUCAUGGCCAGGAAGAGGGAUGACCCGAACAUUGUGACGCAGCUGAAAGAGCAGCACACAACGGAAAUCCAAGCACAUGCCGACAAGAUCAACGAAAUGGCCUCUGUCAUGAGGAAAGCGAUAGAAGUGGAUGAAGGGCGCUUAUAUGAAGAUGAGGAACGGAUUAAACGACUCGAGCUAGAGAACAAAGGACUACGAGAACUGCUGGGAAUCAGUCGCGAAGCAUUCCGGAUCUUGAAGGGGGAAGACACGUCGGAGAGCACGUCACUGUCACCGUCAUUGACAAACAGUGACGUCAGUUUGCAACAGAGUUAG